UUUUUCCAAAGCGUUUAAUCGAUUAAAAUUCGAACUUAAAGCUAUUAUGUUGCAAAGCUGGUAUUUAAUCAUUUAUUUUGGAGAUAUACAUUCUGAUUCAGCAGCACUUUAAUGGAUGUUCACCAAAUUACUCUGUAUGUGACACUGGAACAAGAAACAGCCAUACAAGAACUGUUUUUCUUGAGAGGAUGGAAGUUCUUAAAGUGUAUGGAUCUAGUAAAUGGUGUUACUGUGAAGGUUGAGUUAGCUUCAGAUGAAAAGGAGCAUAAUGAUGCACAUCUAAAGACAGAAGAUGACAAUGUUGGCGAUACCAGUUUCAUCCCAAGUAACACAAUUGCUGUAGAACAGGGUAACAACACUGCCUUUCUAGAGAGAAAUUCCUCAAAAGAUGCUGAGUCAUGUGAUUCAGAAGAAACAGUGAAUAGCAUUAAAAAUGCAGUUUGUAAGUUGGAUGAUGAAGAUGGAAGAUGUAACAGCAGUCUUUCUUCUUGUGAAGUGCUAAAACAAGAUGAUGUUAAGCACUCUUAUAAAGAUAAUAAAAGAUAUCUAAAUAUGCUUACAGAUGACACUAGUAAUUCAACCAUCUCAUUUGAUAGUGAUUAUAAUUCAUUUGCAUUGGAUUCUCCACAAAAUAUCCAACAAAUUGAAACUGAUAAGCAUUCAUCAUCCUAUACAAAUAAAAUUGCUGAUAAAUGCUUCAUUUUUGAAAAAUCAGCAAGCGAUGCAAAGUCUGAGACGUCAAAAUCCACAAUUACAAACAAAGGAAAAAAACAGGAUAAAAAAUAUCAGUGUACAGAUUGUAAUAGAAAAUACUUUCACUUAAGUAGGUUUAAAGAACAUAAAUGUUACACUUGUGAAUUCUGUCAGAAAAAGUUUAAACUCAAGUGUUAUUAUUUGACACACCGUAAGCGACAUGUUCAAGAAAGAAAACAUAAAUGCAGUAUUUGUGAAAAGGCAUUUUAUGAGAACUAUGACUUGGUCGACCAUAUGAAAGUACAUGAGGGGAAAAUGGAUUAUAUCUGUGACUUCUGUGGAAAAGAAUUUUCCCAACAGAAAGCUUUGUAUUCUCAUAGAUAUAAUCAGCAUAUUAACCCUCCAGUGAAAGGCGAAUUUAAAUGUGACCAAUGUGAUUUGGCAUUUCCAUUCCGUGAACGUCUUAAAAAUCAUGUAGCGUUUGUCCAUACGAAGGAAAGGCCUUUCUUGUGUGUCAAGUGUGGAAAAGGGUUUAAAAACAAGUUCAAACUGCAGGCUCAUGCCUUUUCUCAUACAGAAAUAAGGCCAUUUAAUUGUGAACAUGGAGGCUGUGGAAAAUCCUUUAAAAAUAAACAUACUUUAAGAAGUCACUCUCGAAGACAUAUUGAAAGAAAUCAUGUUUGUGACCAAUGUGGGAAAUCAUUUUUUGAUAAAAGAGGACUUGACUAUCACACAAGAACUCAUACAGGGUUUAAACCGUGUCUUUGUACGAUCUGUGACUAUAGAUGCAAUCAUCCACCAAAUUUAAGGAAACACAUGAAAAUUCAUGAAAAGAAGCAAAGAGCAUCAGCAACAUCUUUAUGACAAUAUCUCUUACUGAUUGAAAGAACUACAUCUGUAAAUUUAUAAAUGAAGGAUUAAAGGUAUAUCAGCCAUCACGCAGACCAGAAUAAAAUGCUCAAGAUUGUCAAAUAUUUAUUUUGUUUUUGAACUUCUAAUAUGGUUAUAAAUACAUAUACUCAUUUAACAUAUUUUUGCAAUUGAAAAAUACAUACAUACUAGUUUUAACAAAAUACAUAUACUAAUUUUUGCAAUUGAAACCUAAUAUUACUUUCAUUAUUAAAAACACAAUCCCUAACAUUUCA